AUGGCGGGCUCCAAGAUGACCCAACGGGCAGUAGGUAUCAUCUGGCUCUUUGUACAACACGUCAGCAGUUUCGCCUCCUCGGACACCAUCACGUGGGACGGUGACAACAGCAGAAUAGGCUACCAGGACAAUCACAACAUGGACCCUAGCAUCGUAGGCAGUCCUCAGUUUGGCCAGCUUUUCAGGACUAAGCUGCCCGGUAAUUACAACGGCUUGGGCGCCGAGCAGGUCUUUUCUCAACCUCUGGUCUACACUCUGAGUAGCAGUGGCAAGCAAUACGUCUACGUCCUGACCACUCAGAACAAUCUGUACCAGCUGGAUUCGAAGACGGGAAGCAUCGUUCAGUCAAGGAACCUUCACAUACAAUUUCUGGCAUCCGACCUGGACGGCUGCGUCGACAUCAAUCCCACCAUUGGUGUCACAGGCACUGGUGUCGUUGACCCAUCUACAGAGACACUGUACUUCGUUACGAAAACGUACAAAUCUGGAUUCACCAGUGGCAGGCUCAAUGGGGAGUCUUGGUUCCACGCGGUCGAUGUCAACACCCUCCAAAGUAAGGCAGGCUUUCCAAAAUCCCUGGAAGGGGCCAUCUUUCGCAACAACCCAAGACGAAUGUUUAUCUCUGGCAACCAGAACCAACGACCGGGACUUCUACAGGUUGGACAGUAUAUAUAUGCGGCGUUCGCUAGUCACUGUGUCCAGUACAACUUUACGGGUGCCAUACUCGGGUGGGACAAAGAUACGGGUGCUCUUGUUGAAGCCUUUGCUACCGAAGGAGGGCCCGAGGACGUCUCCGUCCGAGGAGGUGGUGUCUGGAUGAGUGGUGGAGGCCUGUCAUACGACGAGGCGGGUAGCAUGUAUUUUGCAACAGGCAACGGGUACGCUUCGCAGCUUCACGGAGUGCCUGUCGGAGGGAGGCAACCACCCUCGUCACUCGAAGAGGCCGCUGUCAACGCAAGGGUCAAUGAUGACGGCACCAUCACUCCCAUUGGCUUCUUCAUGCCGUGGGAGAAGACGCAACUCGACGGUGCCGACAAGGACCUAGGUACAACCCCGCUUGUCCUUCUACCGACAUCGACGUUCAGUUGCCCCAAUGCCAAGCGCAUCGGAGUUGUAACAGGAAAGUCAGGCAAGACUUACUGGCUCAACCUCGACAAUCUGGGCGGGUAUCAGAUGGGUCCGAAUCAGUUCGACAACGUGCCUCAGCAGUAUCUGAAUGAGAACUCGGUGUACUCUGGUGCAGGCGUUAUGCCGCUUGAUGGAGGCUACGUCUACAUCAACGUGAUCAGGUACCCGACGCACGUCUGGAAGUUCGGGUGUGAUGGCAGUGGAAACGUGGCCUUCACUCACGUGGCAGAUACCAACGAGACGAAUGCCUACAUUCUCGGCGUGGGCCACGGAACGACGACGUCCCUUGGGGGGCAAUCUGGGACGGGCUUACUGUGGACUUAUGAUGUCGAAGGGCUGAACCUACGAAUCUACAAGGCAGUACCCAACGCACAGGGUUCACUUGACAUGAUCAAGUCGUUCAACGUCCCAGGGUCGAUGAAGUUCGGGCGGCCAGUCUUCGGGGACGGCACCUGCUACGUGGCAAGUAAUCAGGGGUACAUCUACGGGUUUGGCUCUCCCGUCAACCUCGCCCUGAACUGUACCCCGCCGGCGAGCUUUGGUACGGUGGACAUCAACAAGACGUCACCGGCUCAGACCAUCACCUGCAAAGCCAACACCAACACCCAGGUCAUUAGCAUCGGCCUGGUUGGCAAUGCCAACUUUGUCUUAUCCAACCCGCCGACUGUCCCCUUGAAUCUCGCCGCAGGUGCGUCGUUCACCCUUCAGGCCACGUUCAUUCCCAAACAAGUCGGACCCCUUUCCAGCAACGCACAAAUCAACACCACCAGUGCGUCGACUGGGUACACCUCCAACACGCCAGUCACGCUUAGAGGCACGGGCAACUCGAAAGCACCACUGCUCGCGGUCUCGCCCAAUACCGUGUCGUUCGCCGGCAUCAUCACAGGCCAGAAGCCCACUGGUGUCAACCAGUCCGCAGUCCUCAGAAUACUGGGCAACUCCACAUUGAACAUCAAAAAAAUCCAGUUCUCGAUGAUAUCGGAAACCGGGCCCUGGAUGACUCCCAACGUGACCGGCAGCGCUGUUAGAGUUGGGGCGUUCACUCUUUACAACCUGCCGCAGACAAUCAACGCCGGGCUUUCCUCAUAUGUCACCAUCAACUAUAACCCAUCGACCAGUGGCAACUCUGCAGUAUUCAUGAGUGUGCAGUCCGACGGCGGUUCCGGGUUUUUGGAUGUUUUGGGCCGGUCCGGGACCUAUCCGAAGGUGCUCAUCGAGUUCCAGAGUGCAGAUGGCACCGGCUGGGUGAACUACAGUAGCGGUGUCCCCUUCACCUUCGGAAAUGUCACCGAAGCCACAACCUCGCCGCGGAAGAUGAGGCUGACGAACAUUGGCGGACCCUCUGCCGCCGCCCUCUCCGUCACCGUGUCGAAGCCCCCGUCCGGCGUGAGCGGUAUCGUCGGGGCCGCCAACAACAUCGACCUGGCCGAGGGCACCGUGCUUUCUGGCCGGCCAGAACGCAACGGCGGACCUGUACUGCUCGCCCCUAAAGUCCCAGCCCAAUGUCGAUUCUUACGGCGGCUGGGCAGUCUGGACCCUGAACUCCGGGGACCCGGAUCUCGGAAGCAGGUCAUCAACUUCACCGGCAACGCCGUCUCGGAGCAGGUCGGUCCCGUGGCUGCCAAUGGCUCUGCCGUCUACCGAUACAAGGGCUGCGCCAUCGGAAACAACCCCGGAAGACAGCUCAAGGAGGAGGUCUACGCAGAUCAGACCAACAACACGAUCCAGAAGUUCAUUGCCGCCUGUGGCGCAAAGAACUACGCCAUCGCGGGGACGCAAUACCAGGUCGAGUGCUGGUGCGGGAACGUGAUGGCCUCCAACUUCACGAAGGAAGUCGACUGCAACUUUCCCUGCAGCGGGGAUCCCUCCCAGACCUGCGGCGGGAACGGCCAGCCCGUCAGGGGCCAGUUCCUCUCCAUCUUCUCGGCCGGCGGUGCUGCGCAGUCGCUGCCGCCGUCCGGCCCGGCCGCCCCGCCGACCAUCGGCAGCUACUCGUACCAGGGGUGCUACUCGGAGGGCAGCGGCGUGCGUGCUCUGAGCGGAAAGUCUGUCCCUUCUUCUUCUAGCCUGACGCUGGAGUCCUGUACGGCGGCCUGUCAGGGUUUCCAGUACUUUGGCGCUGAGUAUGGCGCCGAAUGCUAUUGUGGAAAUACCCUCGGCACGGGAAGUGUACUGGUCAGUAACCAGGGCAAUCGCAACAUGCCAUGUGGUGGCAACAGUAGCGAGAUCUGUGGCGCUGGCAAUAGUGCCAAAUUCGAGUUCUUCGACCUCGACGUUAACGGCGUCAACAUCCAGUUCAGCCACGACUACAACAACCACCUCAACCACAGCCCCGACGCCAACGGGCCCUUCCAUCGUCCCGAGAGCAGGAAACUACGCACGUCGGCUGCGUGA